AUGCCCCGGCUCCCACCAAGACUGCUCUACCGCGCUCACAGAAUCUCUCCCCAUCUAAGGAUCCUCUUGCCCGCAUGCAGGGAUAUUGAGUCUGCGCGGCAUGAGCUGCGCUGGAUAAGAGAGCACGUGUCGUCUUUUCCAUCCACUCGCCAUGCCAAAGUGCCCGUCACCUCCUCGGCCGCCGCCACGUCGAAGCGCGAGGAACAAGAGGCAAAAGUAGCCCACCUCUGCGCGCGUCGCGGCCGCGGCGAACCUCUGCAGUAUGUCCUGGGCACACAGCCCUUCGGCCCCUUGGAAAUACGCUGCGCGCCCGGCGUGCUGGUGCCCCGGCUCGAGACCGAGGCCUACACGGUGUACCUGGCGGACCUGCUGACCCGACACUACUCCUCGUCGUCGCCGCAUCCACCCCAGAGGCACCAGGAAACCAGUGGUGGUGAGCUAGUCACCAAGGGCGACGACGAGGGCCGUCUCGGCGUGCUUGAUUUGUGUACUGGCACCGGAUGUAUUGCUCUGCUCUUGUACGAGCGCCUGCGCCGGCACGCCCAGCGGCGUCUACUGCCACCUCCUCGUGUCGCCGGCGUGGACAUCAGCCCCACGGCCGUGGCGCUGGCGCGGCGCAAUCUAGACGACAACACGCGAGCUGGCCUCUUGCCAAGAGAGAACGCCAACGCCGCCGUGGUCUUUACCGAGGCGGAUAUCUUUGCCGACGAUUUCCUGGCCCGCAGUCAAGACGGUUUGUUGAUGCCCUCCGGCCAAGUCGACGUUUUGGUGUCGAACCCGCCGUACAUAUCUACGCGCGGCUUUGACCGCGACACGGGGCGCUCUGUGCGCAACUUUGAGCCGCGAUUGGCUUUGGUGCCAGACGAGAGACUAAAAGCGACUGCCGUGCUUCUAGAAUGUGCAUUGGAGGAUGUAUUUUACGCACGUCUUUUGGAUAUUGCAAAGGAGCUCAAACCCAGAUUUGUCCUGUUCGAGGUUGGGGAUCUAGAGCAGGCGAAAAGAGUUGUGAAAAUGGCCACGACGCUGGGUAACAGCGAGGACUUUGCUUUUGAGAUAUGGAGAGAUGAGCCGGAUGCCGAGGGUACUGAGGUCUUUGAAAUGGGAUCAGGGUCUACCAUUGCGACUAUCCGAGGAGAGGGACACGGCAGGUCUGUUUUCAUAUAUCGCAAAACAAAAUCAUGA